UGUGUCUUGUGGAUUCUUUGUUACGGAUAGUGAGUCAUGAGUCUUCUCGCCAUCGUUUGUGGUCCGAGUAAGCAUGUCGUUGUCUUUUCGGCCACUAGCUCACUUAGCUGCAACUUUCAGCCGUCUCGUUGGUGUUGGUCAAUGGGGAAACCGUUCUAAAAUACGAUUCAUGUGCCGCACUCAUUGGCAAAUUAAUCACCGCAACCAGAGCUGAGCCUCUUAAAAGUCGCCAUUGUUCAUUACAACUUUUGGCUACUUUCCCCAAUCACUUUCUGUUAGAUUACACAUUUGGUUGUUUCCAAAAAGUUUCCUUUCGACAUAGCACCAAAGCCGAUUUCAUCCAACUCCGGUGAAUUUGAAUGAACAUCGUCGUUUCCUUAUUCCGUUACUUAUUGUAGUGUUUUGACAUCAGAGCAAAGGUAAAAAAAUAAGAAUUGUGCAACUGAGUUUGGUUUCUUGGCGUUCGUACCCACAGAGAACAGCUCUUACGUUUACUUUUAAUUAAGAGUAACGUUUUUAUUUUUUUGCUCCUUGCAUGAAAAUAAAACCGAUGUUAGCACAACCUCUGCUAUAGUUAGAACAUCAUCCCUUUUCCUUUGCGUGACUUAACUAUGUCGUUUUGCCAUCGGGGCAAACGUAUAAAAUGUGAGAUUGUGCAGCUGAGUCUGGCCUAUUUGCAUCAAGCGCGAGAUAUCAGCUAUGAAUGAGCUAUUAAGUUUGAACCUUUAAAAUGAAUAGCAAUAGCUUUGUUUUGCAUUCCACAAGAGCCGAUGUGAAAAGAACCUGUGAUAUAUUUAGGAAAUCAUUACUUCUCUUUUUUAUGAUGGAUUGUGCAGUCAGGCAAAUGUAAAAAAAGUGAAUUGUGUAACGGAGUUUGGCUUGUUGACAGCAAGAGGAAUAGAUACAAGCUAUAAAUAAGCUAUUAAAUAUGUGUGCGUGUGUGUAUGUGUGGCGUAAUUGCAUGACAGCAAGUAGAAGAAAUACGGAGGAUGUUGUAACAAGUGGCGACAUGUCUUUCGGUUGAUGAUAAUUAUGCGGGUUUGCUGUGCAAGUGCCAUCCAUAACUUUGCUCUUUGUCAGAGCAUGUGUGGCAUUUAACAGUGGAACAUAAAACCACCCCAUCACGAAGUACAAUGCCUAUUUUUAAUGCAACUCAUAUUAUAUCUUGCAGGGUUUCCUGAUGUCGAAUCGAUCUUACAGAUGACCUAUGACAUGUUUGCACACUGUAGUCAGUCAGUUAUUGAGGCCUGGACCAUAUUGAGGCCUGGAUGAGCAGGACUUGCAAAGAACCACUUUUAUCCUCAAAUUAAAGCAGAGAUGGAGCUAAUUGUAGCAAUUACACCCGUGCAGUAAGACCAGACAUUUUUUUUUUUUUAAUUCAGCAGCUGCAUGUUUUCUUCCUUGAAAACAAGAAUUACACACAUGAAAAUUAAUGACUUCAAGGUUCUGACUUGCUGGGCAAAAAAUGAAUAAAGAAGUCAUAAUAAAAGACUGGGUAGUUGGUGGAAUGUGAGAAGCGUGAGAGAGUGCGGGACUAUUGUUGGGCCUGAGCAUGCCUCCAUAAUUAAAAUGCACGUUAAUUGGCAGCAGUGUGUAAACAAGACACGCACAAUUGUUUGGUGCUAUUGUUGAUUCAUUUGGUUUAGAAUCAGUGAAUUUUUGUGGGGGGGAGGGUGCGGGCUGAAAGUGUGUCUUCGCUUGCAGUUCCGCGUAAAGCGCCCCGAGGCUUUUUGAGCGACUUCCGCUUUCGACGCGGCUGAGGAAACGCGCUCGACCACACGAGGGAGCGAACGAGCGGCGAGGAUGUCGGCGGAGGUGGACGUCCUGAUGCAGGAGGCCAAGGAGAGCAUCGAGGCGGCGCAGAACUUUCGCACCGAGCUGCAGCAGAGACUCGGGGGACUCAACCAGGCGCGACAACAGGUGCGGGGCAGUUCGACCCAGGCCCGCGAUGCCCUCCGCAGGCACUUUACCGAACUGCAGGCGGCGGCCACCCGGCUACUGUCGGAGCGACUGAGCGCACUCCUUGCCGAGGUGGACGCCAUCGAGGCGGACAGCGUCAGGCCUCUGGAUGACUGUCAGAGCCUGGUGGAGUACGGCAUGGGCCAGGCCGAUGAGCUCCUUCGAGAGGGGGAAGCGGCUCUGCGCUGCGGUCUCGGCGAGAAAGAAGAUAAAUUGGGAAGCUUCACCAAGAAGGCCAUGCACAUCCAGUUAGACAGCCUGCCAGAGGUUCCGGCUCUGGUGGACGUCCCGUGCGUGUCGGCUCAGUUCGACGACUCCCUGCUGGUUCUGUUGCGUGAGCGCGCGUGCCGCCAUGGCUCGGUGGCCUCGCACCCGCCCGUCCUCAUUGAGGAACUGCAGGAGAGACCCGGGAGCAUCUUGGUGCGCUGGUGUAAGGUGGACGAGGACUUUGCUGCCGCAGAUUACCGGCUGCAGUACCGGCGCUCGGGCAGUGGGGGGAGCCAGUAUGAGGAUGCCUACGUGGGGCAUGACACAGACUUCCUGGCGCUGGGCCUGGACCCUAACACCGACUACAUGUUCAGGGUGUGCGCCCGGGGUGAGGGCCGCACUGAGUGGAGUCCCUGGAGCGUCGCCCAGACAGGAUACACCACCAUGGAGCCGCAUGAGUGGCGUCCAGGCACGGAGGGUUACAUCGUGAGUAGCAGACGUAACAUCGCCUUGAGGAACGAUUCUGUUCCGUCCGGCUGCCCUGUGCUUUACUCCAAUGCGCCCACCUACUUCUGUGGCCUCACGCUUACCUUCAAGAUUUCAGCCACCGGUAAGCCUGACCGCCGGGACAGUUUGGGCGUGUGCGUGGACGGAGAAAAAAGCUGCCGCUCGCUUCAGAGAGAUCAAGCCGUCUGCAUCUCCACCAAUGGCGCUGUGUACGUCAACGGUAAGGAGAUGACCAAUCAGCUUCCGUCGAUCACGCUGGGUUCGGCUGUGACGUUCGACAUGGAGGUGGUGGGCGUGGUCCCACUCAACAACGACCACGUCAGUGACAACGUCGGCAACAACGUGAGCAGCUUGAAGCUGCGGGUCACCAUCGGCUCAGGCAGCCGCGAGGUGGUUUUCGAUUGGCUGCUGGACACGGCCGUAGACGGCCUCUUCUUCGGGUGCGCCUUCGCGCAUGCCGGCUGGAAGGUGCUCGUCUUUUAAUGGACAAUACAGGACAUAAACGAUGCAUUGACACCUCCCAAGUUCCGGGAACUUUUAGUUCGUGUUACUUCCUGGAUUAAGGAGCAUUUACAAUUACGUAAGGUUCCUGGAUCUCUUGGAAAUACUGCCGCCCCAAGUAGGUUUUUCUUUUGGACCCAAAACUUUCCUCAGUACUUAAUAGUUCCUGCAGUCCAAACACACAAUAGAUGUUUAUUUGGUUUUUUUUCCCGUUGAAGUUCCAGGAGCUUUUAGUUCUUACUGUUUAUAAAUCAUGGAACCAACAGGUGCCAAUCAGGUAUGAUGAACCCAUUCCAAAGGCUCCUGAACCUCUCAAAACCUCAUUAGCCCCCUGAAGCCAUUUUGUAGGACUCGUAUACAUUAGUUGGUUAUUGUUUACAAUCACUCACAAUGGCGUCCUCAUGCCUUUUUUUUUUCCAAAUAGAUGACAAUUACUCACCUUCCUGGAAAUUGCGUGAAUCGAGAAAGACUGAACACCUGACAAUUUUCAUUUUUUCAAAAAUCUUUGAUACUGUGAAACUUUCGAGUUUUUUAGUUGUGCACGUGUCGGCGUGAUCAUCUAGUGUGACAUCAUAGUGUGUAAGGUGCCAAUAAAUGAGGGGGCCCACAAACUUUUUGUGGGUACUACAAACUACAGGGUGGCAAAAAAACGUGAUGGCAAAUUCUGGAAAAAAGUCCCGUAAAACAUGGAGACAAUCUUUCGGACUUAUUAUUUUUUUUCAGUCAAUCCUACUUACUGGUGUGGUUGAUUGACCUUGUGGGGAAUUGUAGACUAGGCUCGCUUCAGGUACAAAGUUCUCUCAGAAGCUUGCCUUGUGUGAUCUUAAGUGUCUUAAAAAAAAAAAGAUUGAUGUUGUAUUUUUUACUAAUAUUCUAGAUGACUGUUGUUCUAUGGAGGAUAUGUUGCCAAAAGGAGUUAGUAUUUGCUGAUGUUUUACACAAGCUUAUAAUCACACGUGUCUUUGUUUUGUUCACCCGGUGAAGGAUGAAGGCACCCUUAACUGUGGAGCCACAAAAUGUUAAUAUUCUUUUGUUUGAAAAGAAAUGUUAAAGAUUUGUGUCCUUAAAUAAUAAACCAUUCACAAAGAU